AUGAGCCUCUUGAAUGCCCCGUUGCAGUCUUACUUCCACUCAUUCGUCCAGCAUACUUAUGAAUUACUGACACCGAUCGUAACCCAUAGUAAAAUUCCAAUCUUCAUCAAGGAUAUUGACCAUCCAUGGAUCAACGAAAACUUGCAAUGGCUGGAGAAUCGUGACGACCCAUUCAAAGAGCUGUGCGACCCGAGUUCCGAAAUUUAUAGAGGAAUUGAUGGCCGCGUGUGUCCAUCUGAUCUCUUUAACCGGCUGGUAGUUGACAACAAUAAGUGGGGGAUUGAGAGGACGCCUUGGAGAAAUGCUCGAGAACGGUUGCUAGAAAUGAGGGACUGUCCCAUGGCUCUCGACUCGGUUAAACAUCUCCACGUAGACAUCUACGUCAGCAGCGGGGAAUACGGACUCAGAUAUGAUUCACCGAAUCCGGGAGACGAAAUACCCGAGCUCUUUGCAGAUGUCCUGACUUUGAUGCACAAUUUGGAGCGAAUAGACUGGGGUAUUUCUGCGGUGUCUGCCAAUUACUUUGAAAGUGUCUUCUCAAAAAGAAACCUUUCACUCCCGUCGGUCAAUCACCUCGUUCCAAGCCAGUCUUCCUUCUAUCUCAUCCCCAUGUGUCCGAACCUACGAGCCUUGGAAGCCACGGCAUCCAGAAGCGACCAAGGAUCCUUUAUCGAGAGCACUUCUAAAGUGCCGUCCAUUCGAUCUCUCAAUUUUCAAGCUGUACAUAGAUGGAGCGAGCCCCUACUGUCUGAUCUACUCAGAGCCAUGCCGAACCUCGUUUCCCUCUCUUUAAGAGGAAGAAUUGGUGAGGGUGAGUAUAGCGACGAAAGCUUUCACUACGUGGAAGUAGACAAAGAGAAACUACAAAUGGUGAAAAACAACCUCGGUCUUGAGCCCGAUGAUAUCGUCAUCAUCAAACGACCCAACGACCCAUACCUCAAGGUAAGCAUUCAAGAUUAG